CGUGGUGACGUGACGGAAUGAUGCAGAAGAGAUAGCUGUGUCAUUUUAGAGUUAUAAAGUGUUUCGUUGCACCUUUUUUUGUUUUGUGGGACAGGCUGAAAGUUUCACAAUGGGUUUACUGACGAUACUAAAGAAGCUGAAACAUAAGGAGCGAGAGAUGCGCCUGCUGAUGCUUGGGCUGGAUAAUGCUGGAAAAACCACCAUACUGAAGAAAUUUAAUGGCGAGGAUGUCAGCACCAUUUCUCCCACACUAGGAUUCAACAUAAAGACACUGGAACACAGAGGAUUCAAGUUGAACAUCUGGGACGUUGGGGGUCAGAAGUCACUGCGUUCAUACUGGAGGAAUUAUUUUGAGAGCACAGAUGGACUGGUGUGGGUGGUGGACAGUGCAGAUAGACUGAGACUGGAGGACUGCAGGAAGGAACUCUGUGCACUUUUACUGGAGGAGAGACUAGCAGGAGCCACUCUCCUAGUGUUUGCCAACAAACAGGAUUUGCCUGGUGCGUUGUCUAAGGAUGCCAUCAGAGAGGCACUAGCUCUGGAUGAUAUUAAGACACAUCACUGGUGUAUAUUGGGCUGCAGUGCAGUGACUGGAGAGAACCUUCUGACAGGCGUAGACUGGCUUCUGGAUGACAUCGCUGCUCGGAUUUUUACAGCAGACUGAGAAAACAGCCGUGUUUUACAGUUCAAUGUCGUGAUGUAGCACUGUAGAAACAGCAUCUUAUCUUUGGUUACAACCUUGAGUAGGCAACAUGACUAAUGCACUACAGUGUGCAUGGUUACAGAUUCUUUUUUUCUUUCAGAUUAAUAACUAAACAGUGCAACACUUGUUACCUUUAAGGUCUGUAUUUUAGUCUCAUGUGUUAAGGAGAAAACUGAAGUGUUCAAAUAGUGUUCUGUGAUUUUGUUGAGAAAUGCAUCAUUUUACAGCUGUUAAUGCCCAAACCUCAGUGCACAGACAGUGUUUGUUCAUAUUGUUUCAGGUUUGUGCAUGCUUACCAAAUGAUAAUUUAUUUCUCCACUGCUUGUAAAAGGUGAUCAUU